UGUAAAGCCGGAGCGGAGGCGAAAGCGUCUUGCUCUCUCAAGACGUCAGUCCACUUCACACUCUGCACGCCUCACCUCCCGACCUGGCUCUCUGUCCCCUUCCAGCAACGGCAGCAUUUGAAUCCUCCGAUUCUCCCCAAAUCCUCGCCUCCCAAUGCCGGCUUCCUCCCCUUUCCCGCCUCUCCUCAUCGUCCCCGUCCUGCUCCUGCUCGCCCCGCGCGGGGCCGGCGCCGCCGCGGGGGCGGUGGGGGUGAGCGGUGGGGGCCAGCUGUGGUGCGUGGCCAAGAACAACGCGGAGGACGGCCCGCUGCAGAGCGCCAUCGACUGGGCGUGCAGCGCCGACGGCGGCCGCGCCGACUGCGCUGCCAUCCAGCAGGGCGGCGCCUGCUACGACCCGCCCGACCUCCAGGCGCACGCGUCCUACGCCUUCAACGACUACUUCCUCCGCGCCGGUGGCGCCGUCAACCCCGCCGCCUGCGACUUCUCUGGCGCCGCCGCGCUCACCGCCCUCAACCCCAGUCAUGGGAGCUGCGUGUUUCCUUCCAGUGCAUCCCCGAAAAAUGGCAGCUUCACAGGAACAACAACCUACGGUCGAACCGGUGCAGAUUUAAGCUACAGUUCUUCAUGGAAACUCAAUUUCUGGUCGUGGCUCUUACAUAUCUUUUUAUCUGUAUUGUUUUCAGCUGCCACACAUUUGUUAUGAAAUUUCUUAAACUCUGUUCUGCGAGUAUGAUGAACUAUCAGGCUGCAGGAAUGUAGUUUGUUCUCCCUAGUGGUUGCUGCAUUGUUUGGGGAGGCUGUGGAGAGAAAAAAGAAUCC